AUGACCAACGGACUGAUGCAGGACUGCGUCCUCGCGCCUACCUUCUUCGGUCUCAUGUUUUCAGCCAUGCUAGUAGACGUCCACCGUGACGAGCGUCCGGGGAUCCGCAUUGCCUGCAGAACAGACAGCCAACUCCUCAAUCAGCGGCGGAUGCAGUUCCACUCGCGUGUGUCCACAACUACCGUCCACGAACAUCUCUUCGCCGACGACUACGCUCUCAAAACAACUACAGAAGAGGACAUGCAAAGGAGUAUGGACUUUAUCGCUAUCGUCUGUAACAACUUCGACCUAAUCGUAAACACAGAAAAAACUGCGAUUAUGCACCAACCAUUACCCAACUCUGAUUACAAUGCACCCCAAAUGAGCGUGAACGACACCCAAAUGAAAGUCGUGGACACCACCUAUCUAGGCAGCACCAAAAUUGACGAUGAAUUGAGCCACCGAAUUUCCAAAGUCAGCCAAGCCUUCGGCCACCUGCAAAACACCGUCUGGAAUCUUCAUGGACUCCACCUCAGCAACAAACUCAAGAUGUACAAAGCAGUCAUCCUGCCGACGCUGCUAUAUGCAACGGGCGCCUGGAUGAUGUACAAGAAGCAGGCGCCGAGACUCAAGUACUUCCACCUCAGCUGUCUUCGGUGGAUACUAAAGCUGACGUGGUAG